AUGACGAUACAUUAUAAAGAACUCGAUAUAAAUAAUAUUAGAUAUUUCACAAGGUUGAAGGAGCUAAUUGAUGCAGAUCUCUCUGAACCGUAUUCAAUAUACGUGUAUAGAUAUUUCUUAAAUCAAUGGCCCGAAUUGGCCUAUUUGGCCUUUGAUAGUGAGUCCACAGAUGAUUUACCUAUAGGUUGUAUCAUAUGUAAGAACGAAAUACAUCGAAAUUCGAGAAUGAGAGGAUAUAUUGGUAUGUUAGCAGUACAGAAAGAAUUUCGUGGACAAGGGAUUGCAAAAAAACUUGUUGGUUUAGCCAUUGAUAAGAUGAUCUCUAAUGGUUGUGAUGAGAUUAUGCUUGAGACUGAAGUUGAAAAUAUGGCUGCAUUAAAUUUAUAUGAAAGAUUAGGAUUUAUUAGAAUGAAAAGGAUGUUCAGAUAUUAUUUAAAUGAAGGUGACGCAUUUAAAUUGAUUUUACCGAUAACAGAAAGGAGCAGUAUACGGUCUACUUUCCUCAUGAAUCAAGAUCCUAUGGUUGAAUCUAAUACACAAUCAAAUCUAAUUGUCUAG